AUGGGGAUGAUUGCAUCAGACAAAGAUGAAAACAGAACAGAAGAUAUCAAAAGUGAGAUGAACACCUUGCUUUAUAUACCUGGACUUACUACACUGCUUAAUGAUGUUCAAAAGCCAGAAUUAAAUGAUAUUACAAAGUUGGUAGGAGUACAAGUUAUUCUUAUAAUAGCAUACAGUUCCAUCAUUCUUCUGGGAUUUGUUGGAAAUUCUCUUGUCAUCUACGUUGUUAUCAAGUUUAAAACUAUGCGAACAGUUACAAACUAUUUCAUAGUGAAUUUGGCUGUGUCAGAUCUGAUGGUUAACACAUUGUGCCUUCCUUUUACAUUGGUUUACACUCUUCUGGAUGAGUGGAAAUUUGGAACAGUAUUGUGCCACUUGGUUACUUAUGCACAAGGAUUAGCAGUUCAUGUGUCAACUGUUACACUUAUGGUUAUUGCACUAGACAGACAUAGAUGCAUUGUAUAUCAUUUAGAGAGCAAGAUUUCAACAAAAAUUUGCUUUAUUAUUAUAGGCAUUACUUGGGCUUGUAGCGCACUGCUAGCUAGUCCAUUGGCAAUCUUCAAGGAAUAUACUCUGAUUGAAAUUUCUUCCGAUUUUAAAAUCCAAGUAUGUUCAGAAAGAUGGCCUGUUGGACAUCUUAAUUACAGUACCAUUUAUAGUAUUUCAAUGUUAUUAAUUCAGUAUGUUUUGCCUUUAGCCAUUAUUUCUUUUGCUUAUAUCAGGAUAUGGACAAAAUUAAAAAAUCAUGUAAGCCCAGGAGGAGGAAAUGAUCAUUAUCACCAACGACGACGCAAAACUACAAAAAUGCUGGUAGCUGUAGUGGUGGUGUUUGCUGUGAGUUGGCUGCCGUUUCAUGCAUUUCAACUAGCAAGUGACAUUGAUAGCCAAGUUUUGGAUUUGAAUGAAUACAAAUUUAUAUAUACAGUAUUUCAUGUGAUAGCUAUGUGUUCUACCUUUGCCAACCCAAUCCUCUAUGGAUGGAUGAACAACAAUUAUAGAACUGCAUUUCUUACAGCUUUUAAAUGUGAGCAGAGAAUGGACUCAAUACACCCUGAAGUUUCUGUUGCUUUCCAAGCAAAAAAGAAGCAGCUAGAAGUAAAGGAGAUAAAUGGAACAAAUGCCAACUGCCAAGACACUUGUCCACCACAAUCUACCAGUGUAUAAUAACAUUGAGAAACGACAAAUGUUACUUCUUUAAGGCUGUCCAUCAUUAAUCAUGUUCAACAAUGUUAGUAUGGUUGGAGAAUAAACGGCAUCUUAUUAAGAAUAAAUUAUAUAUAGAAUAUACUACAUUUAAUAAUUUAAGAACUGUAAUGAAGAAAGAGAUUUCCCUAAAGAAUCUGUCUGUGGAAUCUGGUUUAUGACUUUACUAGGGCAUGAGAUGGACAUGAGACAUCAGGGAAACGCCAUUAAGGAGAGAAAAUGCAAAGUUUACAUAGCUUUGCACGGAAAACUCAGAAGAAACGGAUUAUAUUUUUAAAGAGCACUUCACAAUAAAACAAUAUGUUUUACAUAUUUCUGCACACGCCUAGUAAGCAGCUGUCAGUGGACAUUAAUAAUAUUUGUAUACUUGUGUAUAUAGAGCAUAUUUGCAUCUGAUAACAAAUGUUUUCUCAUGAAAUUGCAUGUAGUUGGACAGUAAAAUGUAAAACAUAUAUUGUUAUUUUUAUAACAUGAUAU